GACUGGCAGUUUUCCCCAGGUCCUUGCUCACACCAAGACUUCCAUGCUGUCUUCAAGCCCUACUUCCUGCACGUCUCCCAACCCUGACAGGGAGAACCCAAGUAAGAAGGUCCACUGGACUUCUGGGAGGACGAGGACGUCAUCCACAGACUCAGAGUCAAAGCCCCACUCCGACCCCUCCAAAGUAGCCAGGUCCCGGAGAUCCAGCCGGCUGACGGUGAAGUACGACCGGGGACAGCUGCAGCGCUGGCUGGACAUGGAGCAGUGGGUGGAUGCGCAGGUUCAGGAGCUCUUCCAGGAUCAACCAACUCCUUCUGAGCCUGAGAUUGACCUGGAGGUUCUCAUGGAACUAUCCACAGAGGAACAGAAGACUCAUUUGGAGGCUAUUCUCCAAAACUGCCCCCGUCCCACAGAGCCUUUUAUCUCUGAGCUGCUCAGUCAACUCAAGAAACUCCGGAGACUCAGUCGGCCUCAGAAAUAAGCCUUGUGAGACUACCUUCAGCAGCCUCAGCACUGCCAGGCCUGCCCUGAACCUCUGAAUCCUGGGCUGAGAGGAAAUGGUCCCGUGGGACACAGACAAGGAACAUGGAGGAUGAGGAGGGACAUUUGGAUACCCCUAGUGUAUGUGCAGUCACAGCUGGGCUUUCUGGAAGCCAUUCAUGGCUGUUGCCCAGUA